UCAGACUUCCUCCUUCACUUGGUUGGACGUGACACCACCAGCCCCUGGACUGUGGUGUCCAGUGCACAUCUGGCCACCAUGGGGGCCCUGGAGCCCUCCCGUCACCUUCUGUUCCUUCCUGUCUUUCUGACCGUGGGAGGAUUAAGUCCCGUCCAGGCCCAGAGUGAGUGCAGCUGCUCUCCCGUGAGCCCGGGCGUGCUGGCUGGGAUUGUGCUGGGUGACUUGGUGCUGACCUUGCUCAUUGCUCUGGCUGUAUACUCUCUGGGCCGCCUGAUCCCUCGAGGCCGCGGCCGGGGCACUGCAGAGGGGACCCGGAAACAACGCAUUGCUGAGACGGAGUCACCUUAUCAGGAGCUUCAGGGCCAGAGGCCAGAUGUCUACAGUGACCUUAACACACAGAGGCAGUAUUACAAAUGAGCCCACCCUAUGCCGGUCAGCAACCUGAUGCCUGGAUCCAGUCACUCCUGAUGCCUGCCAAAUGCCCUCCCUGGGAGCAGGACCGCAGGGAUGCAGAUCCACACAGUGCCACCCCCAUGAGAUGUCUGACCUCUCCCCACUUCUGUCCCCAAAUAAAAAACCAUGACUGAGU